AGGUAUGUUAAACCCGCCGUCAACUUUGCAAAUCUGCGCUUGCUCGUGAAACUGGCCACGACUCACUCAGCUAAAUCACCUACACACGAUAAGACUGCACAGUUACACCCGCUGUUCGCAUGCGUUCCAACAUCAAUUCGCUAACUUCUACUUCCGUGGACACAGGUCUCGCCGGCGCCAAUCAAUCCGCAACCUCCCAACCGAGCCCACGCGGCGUCAAACGAGGUCGAUCACCUGGAGAAUAUGGCGAUGGAGCCAGCAUCGUAAAGGAAGAGAAUGGUACGAUGAGUUCUCCUCUUCAUUCAAUAACGAGAACGUGCACUGACGCGUCAACCGCAGGACGAGAAGCAAAGCGUGGAAAACCCAAGGCUACCGACGACAGCCCGGCCUCUCAGAAGACAUCUCAAUCCAGUCACCCUGUUGCAGGGCCUGUUCGGACUCCACAAUUGAAAGCUCAGUCUUUACCUCAGACGUCGCCCCCUCAGUCCUCUCCGCCUAAAUCCACACCAAGCAAAGGCGCCGUAUUGAAAGCUCUUCCCACGGUAAGGGAUCACACCACGGACCAAUUAAACCCAGAAGGCGAUGAAUAUAUCCCACGGGAGUAUGACGAUGCCGGUGAGAAAAAGGUGUCACCUAUGGGCGAUCCACUUGGUGGACGAGAGUACAGGUGUCGGACUUUCCUCGUGCCCAAUCGUGGGAACAAACUCUUCAUGCUUGCCACCGAGUGUGCCCGCGUUCUAGGUUACCGUGAUUCUUACCUUCUUUUCAACAAGAAUAGGUCUCUCUACAAGAUCAUCGCGACGCAGCCUGAAAAAGACGACUUGAUUAACCAAGACGUUCUUCCCUACUCGUACCGCUCACGACAGAUCGCCAUUGUUACUGCUCGCUCAAUGUUUCGACAAUUUGGGAGUCGCUUGGUCAAAGACGGUAGACGCGUAAGGGACGACUAUUGGGAGAGCAAAGCUCGCAAACAAGGUUUCACCGAGGAAGAUGCUGCCGGGGAAAAGAGACCAGGGGGAGCGAAACAACGAGAAGCAGCAGCAGCCGAAGCCUCUACUGCCCAUCAAUUGACAUCCCUCCCCCAUGGCGAGAUUAUAUACAGCAAUGGACCAAUCCCUACCGACCAUGGCAUUGGUCCACACCAUCACAUCAACCCUACUACACUCGCGCCUUUACCAAUGAUCAACAUCCCCGCGGCCGACGAACAUAUGAGAAGAGAUUAUAGUAACAUACAACGUCCCCGACACGAGAUUGCUGGAGCACCCGCGUAUCAUGACCGUACUACACCUAGCGGAGCCGCAGAGAUUCUGAAUCAAAGCGCUCAGGCCGCAGAAUUCAACAAGUCCCUCGGCAAUCAGCGAUCGGAGCGGGAGCAGUAUAUGUCGGAAUACUGGAAGAGACCACACGAAGUACCUGGUUCUCCACCGCGACAGGGAACGGUGGAUGGCGAUAAUGCAACUGUGGUCUCUCAAACCAUUCAAUCUCCUGCUCCUGCACCAGCUGUUGCUUCCACCUCACAGAGUUUGCCGCCUCGAGCUCAGCCUCCUCCUCACUUGAUUAGCGGUCAAAGCUACCCGCAGACGCAACAUCACCCGCCUACCAUGCAAUCACCCAUGCACCCAAUGCAUAAUCCACUGCGACCAGAGCAAAUGCAUCAUCGAUCUCCUAGCAUGGGCAUGGGUUCGUCUGGACCGCCUGGUCAACCUGCAUACGGCUAUCCAAACAGUCAAAUGUGGCCGCCACAGCAGCCUCAACCUUCGCCACUUGGCCAGCACCACAACAUGCAACAAUACGGACAGCCACCGCCCCAGCAACAAUCACCUCACCCUCAACAGCCUCAGCUACAUCAAUCGCCCCAAAUGCAUCACGCACAAAGUACUGGUUCCAUGCAUGGUAUGCCCAUGGGCUACCCUACAGCUGGCGGGAUGAAUGCACCUGGGUACUCUGGCAUGGGAAGAAGUCCAUACCAGCCUGGCGCCAAUCCUCAGCAGUUCAUGCACCAAAGCAGUGCUGCGCAACAACCUGGCAUGCAGGGCUGGGCUCCUCAGCAGGGACAACAGGCACAACAGCCGAAUUGGAACUUCUGAGGCAGCAGACAUCGCCAGAUUCGCGUUUCCCGUAUUGCUAGAAGACCAUAUCAGUUACACUGCCCUUGCAUCGCUACGCAACGCAUAUGCGUCUCUCGAGGGUGACAAACUAAGACGAUUGUCAGCAUCAACGCUUCUUUGCGCCAGCUUGCACCAACCAAACCUCAAGGCAAGAGGGUUGAGCUUGGAUCAGGAAUAAAUCUGCAUCGACGAUAAUCUCACUCAAGUUUGUUUGUUUGCUCGUCACAUCUAUUCAGACAUCAUGACCUGUACAUUAUGAACUGCCUUACACUACCCUCAGUCAUGGUACAUCGUUGGAUCUUUCUUUCUUUCUUCUUUCUUAUAUGCACCCAUUGCACUCAUUUGGUGGCGUCCAGGUGGAGUCGAGGCUGCAUUUGAGCCAUACAUAAGGUUAUUCGGUUCUUUCGAUUGGGAAUAUUCUUGGAUUUCGCAUUGCUC